AUGCUGAGACGAGAGGCGUGCAAAUAUAAUUCGGACGAAGAAAAAUCUCAUGGUGGCAUAUAUGGAAAUUCGCAAUUCAACCCACUCGCCCCUUUUCUUGGACCAGCUCAGAUCAACCCAGGUUUAUUGUCAUUGUUUUCUUUCGCUCCUCAACACAUGUUCAUGUCGCAAAUGUUGUCCGCGAACCAGUCCGCGAUGAUGAAUAAAGGCUGGCCGAACUACGAUCCGUCGAUGCUCAGCAAAGGUUUCGACGAUACUGGCGACGGCAAGGAGUUGAAUGAACAUAAUUUCGACAUGUCAAAUGAAUGUGAUGUUUCGUCAGGUUUCGCUGCUUCGCCUGAUGCGAACAGUUCCAGACCAACCUCGUCCCCUGCGGCUGGCUCGAACUUUGACACCUCACAGCAGAAUUCUUACUCCGUUGAAAAUAUGCUGCUCAGUAUCCUUGGCAUGGUAGAAAUGGCUGCUGCGGCAGUGCGGAAGCAGGAGGAGCGCUUUGCUAAGGACAAAGAAAUGUAUCUAAAGCGGAUCAGAAGACUUAAAGAUACGAUAUCGCACCUCAAGUUCGACUGCUUACAAACUGACCAAUCAGCCGUGUUGAGCAACGGCACCGAGCAGAGGUCUGGCCAGUCGCUGGUCACGUUUCCGUCGGUGCCGAUCAGCGUCGCCUGCGAUGAAGGUUCGACAGACCAGUAG